GGUGAGCGGUUGCGAGUGGAACGUUUUCUGGAUUGUUUGCCUGGAGUCUGAACCCGGGGAGAAGGAAGACCCUCCCGCGGAUUUGGUGUUCCUCGGGUGUGUAGACGUUCGGAAAAAAUCGUAAAGAAUCGGCUGGAUCGCCAGAUCUCCCUCAACGUUUAAUUAAUCUUGCUUUUGAGAAGAGACGAGCUUUUUUUUUUGUUCUUUCUUGCUCCACCUCUGUCGGACCGUUGACCGAGUUGCGGGAUCAAAGACCCACCGUACCUGCAGCAAUCAAACUGUCAGCGGCUGCCUCCUGCCACCAAGUGACAGCGAUCUACUUACCUGAGUCUGAGUAUACUUCAAAUCCAACAGCCAAGACCAUCGAGGGUGAUUCGGGCGAAACGAACUUCCGCAAAAGAGAACGUCCUCUUGGUUAAGUCAUCCUGCGAUCCUCUGGGGUAUUGAGCCAGUCUGACCAUGUCGGCAGACCGUUACUCCGCUCUGGACGAAACGGCCCUCCGGAAGCUGCUUGAAGUGACUGAUGACCUAGAUGAGCGUAGACUUAUUCGCUCCACUAUAUGUGAGCAGAGGAGGAAAGAACUGAAAGGGAUGGAGGAAGCACUAUCUUCAAAACGCUUUCGUUCUGAAAGAACAAGUGAACACCUUGAAAAUAAAGAGAAUCGUCAACGAUCUCACAGACAGGAAGAUGAUCAGAAAGGGUCUUUGGAUAUUCUUUCAGGGAAACUGGAGUCAAUUCAUGACAUUGAUGAGCUAACAGCCUUGCUCCGGAAUGCAGGUGAAUAUGCAGAACGUAAACUGAUUAGAGCUGCCAUUCGCAAACUUCGUGAACAAGAGAUUGAAGGUGCAUCCAUGCCAGACAAGCCAGUUGGCAUGUUAGUCCGUAACAGAGCACAUCAAAAUGAAAGAACAACCAGCACUUGCCCUCUGAACAUCACAUCACAAACAACAUGGUCAAGCAAGGAACGACCUACUAAUGACAUGGAGAAUGCUCUUCAAACACAAGAAGAAGAUACUGAAAGCUUGCAGGAGCAACAUAGAAUCCAAGCACAAACCCAAGAGCUUCAAAACCAGAGGUGGAGAAGCCGGGAUGAGCCUGAUGCUACAGAAAUGGCCUCUGAAACAGUUGUUCUCGAUCCACUGAAGAGAAUUGAUGGUUCAUUGAAACCACUUCGGGUACCUCAACACAGGGCAGAAUCGUCUCAUUUGGAUUGUCACUCGUCUGGUACUGACUCUGACUGGAAAAAUGAAAGUUGCAAGGAUUCCAGCAAAUACAUGACGGCUAACGGUUCCAGGGGCACAUUAGAAACCCACAGGACAAUUUCAACACACCGUAACGAUGCAUGGCGGCAGAAUAAUCCUUCAAGUCUCACCAUUGAAAAUAACACUAUGAAAGAAACUGAAGUUCUUAGAAAAGACAGGUGUGCCUCGGUUAAUGACAAUGAAAUUGUCAUCACAGGACCCCUCACACCUGAAAUAGAAAAUACGGAUAGCAUUUUCCGGUCAGAGAUAAAGUCCAGGAAUGGGAAUCUCAAGUCUGUCCAAAAUUGGUUGAAUUCAGACAUCAAUGAUAGUGCACCUUCAGCAUCUACAGGAAAAGCCAAUAACAAUGAAGAGAACACAGGUUUCAUAACACUUGACAAUAAGAUAAUUUACAAGGAUCAAACACCAAGAAACACAGCAACUCCAUCCAAGCAGAAAGAGUUAACUGAAAUAGCCAGUGAAAUAUGCAUGAAUAGCUCACCGAUUAGGAAAAACAGCUCUAUACGUGACCGAAUGAAGAAAUUUACAAUGGACUCACCUGACCAACCUUUUGAACUUGAAGGAAACUUCUGCAGUCAGAAAAGAAACCAGAUAAAUGAAGGCAGAAAUAGCAGAAUUCUACAGCAACAGCAGUUAUUCUCAAGCAGCCCUGCAAUAAAGAUAAAAGAAAUUAAAAGUUCAAAUUCAGAAACAUCUCUGAAAGGAAAGUCUGCAGAUCUUAAGGACACAUGGGAAUUGGGUAAAUCUGUAGGAAAAACAGAUAAACAGCAUGAAUACUUACAGUCUAGUGGAAGUAACAAACUCACAGGCUCAAACAAGAGAAAUGGGAUAGAGCGAGACAGGUCUACAUUGUUGAAGGAGAACAUGUUCUGCUUUAUCCAAAGGGAUGGAAACAACUCACCACAAUCUGGUUGUAACUUAAUUUAUAGCACUGUCAAAUCUAACUUCACAACUACUGAAGUGCAGAAAGCCCAGCCUAGAGAGACAAAUUCAUUGAUCUCUUCUUCUGAAAGCUUAAGUCACCUGAUUGCAUCUGACGUUCCUGUAGAUGAAUCAAGUAAGACAAUUACUUUUGACAAGGACUACACCAAGAAACCUUACACUCAAAAUGCUGUUACUGAUAAAUCAUACAUUAGAACUCCAGGGAGGAGCAACAUAAGCAAGUCACAGACACUCCAGCCUGCGUCAGAGAAGAACUCUAGUAAAACAUGCACAGACAGCUCAGUGUACUUAGACCAACUCAGCUCUGCUAAGUGCUCAGACGUGUCUGCGAGAACAUUCAACCUCUUGCAAAGAAGUUUUUCUGGACAAAAAGAGAAAGAAGAGUUUAAUAGCAAUAAAGACAACAUGAAGACAUUUGUGACAAUUGAAGUCAAGGAGGGACAGAAACCAGAUCUUACCUCUGCCAGGAUCUCUGGUGCACCUUCCUCACAGAGGAGAGAGCUGACAUUUGAUUUGAGAGCUACUCCAUUCAGAAUGCCUGGUUCUGGCAGCAUAAUGUCUUUGCAGAUGGACACUGAGCCAGUGAUGACUGAAGCAGCCCAUUCACUACAACAUAGUGAGGCUAUUUUACCCAAUGGUAUGGAGGAGAAGGAAAAGGAGAAUAUAAAGGAAAACAAAAAGAAGCCCAGUUUGGAGGAUUUGAGUGCUAUUGAAGAUGAAGAGGUCCUGGACAAAAUGCUUGAUGCCACAACAGAUUAUGAGGAACGGAAGAUGAUUCGAGCUGCAAUGAGGGAGCUCCGGAAAAAGAAAAGAGAUGAGAGAGAAAGGGAACGUGAAAUGAGACUACAGGAACUGAAGCAGAAAACAGAAGAGAAGAAAGGAAAAUCUUUAAAUACUGCAGAAAUGAUGGUAACUAAAACACAGAAGUCCAAUGAUGGGAAGACUGUGACAACCACCUCAAAAACUGAGAAAAUCACCCAAGCAGAUGGUGGCAUCAGAACUUUACGAACUACCACCAUGGAAUCAAGCAUUUUAAAGAAAACUGAUGCAGGCGGAGCUACUGUUGUCCAGACCAAGUCCUCCUUUACUUCCAGCAGCACCUCCUCCAAAAAGAUUGGAAGUAUUUUUGACAGAGAAGAUGAUGCACGGACUAGUAGUGUGUCAGCACUUGAGAGGAAGCAGGCUGAGAAGCGGAAAGAGGUGAUGAGGUCACAAACGCUUCCACGUACUUCAGGAACACAAGCACGGAAGGCAUUAAUUGAGAAACUAGAAAAGGAAGGUGGAAGUCCUGGAAAUCCAGCCAUUGCCAGAGUGAAGGUGCAGAGAUCCUCAAGUUGUGGUGUACCUAAUGCGAACAGUAUAAAGCAGAUGCUACUUGAUUGGUGUAGAGCCAAGACACGUGGUUAUGAGCAUGUGACCAUCCAGAACUUUUCCUCUAGCUGGAGUGAUGGAAUGGCAUUCUGUGCUUUGGUGCAUAACUUCUUCCCCGAGGCCUUUGAUUACUCAGAACUGAAUCCCAACAACCGCAGGCAUAACUUCGAGGUGGCAUUCAAAAUGGCAGAACAGGUAGCUUCCUGUGAUCCCCUGAUUGAGGUAGAGGAUAUGAUGAUAAUGGGCAAAAGACCGGAUCCAAAGUGCAUCUUCACAUACGUGCAGUCCCUGUAUAAUCAUUUGCGAAGGUACGAGUAACCAGUCCUGGAAUACAGAAGCCAGAAUAUCUUGACUUUCUGUUGAAACAGAACACCAAUCCACAGCAUGCUUGUGUUUUGGGGUAGUUGUUUGAAGACAUGUAUAUACACGGGUCACUGUGUGCUGUGUUUGCACUCUGGGAUUUUAUUUCUCUUUAUGCAUGAAGACAGGAUGGAGAUGCCAGGGUAAUGAACUGUCUACUUUGUGUAUAUUAUAAAACCAUUGACCACGACCCUCUUCUAAUUCCAAAUCAAGAAAAAAUUAUUAUAAAUAUACUGAGAAUCUUUCAUACAGUACAAUUGUCUGCAUAUGUAUUUGCAAAGAAAUAGAUGUAUUAUAGCACUGAAUUAAGGUCCUUGGAUCACUUUUAAAAUUGAUUUUAUUUGAUUCUAAUUGUUUGAAAUUAUGCCACCCACCAGUAUUUCUCUUUCUCUCUUCCCCUGCUUCUGUCUCUCAAAACAGUAAAGGAAGGCAGUUUCAGGAUGUGUGACACACAACCUGUGAGACCUGUUAUCUUUGUCUCACAGUGUCUGUGGUGUUGCUCUUGCACUGUGACAUUUCUAGCUAACAAUUCUGAAUAGUGUUCAUUUUUGCAAAUGUCCUUAUAUAUUGUACCAAGUGUGCCAUUGGUGAGACCAAAGGAAAUCAUGCAGUCAUAAUAAAAACAAAUUAUUGCUUUCAGCGAUGAAAAUAAUGAAUACAUUUAAUAGAUAUUCUAAUAAUGAGGAGCUUCCUAUACAUCCAAGCAAAGCAUAACCAGUAUAUACUCAGCUAUGGAAUUUGUUUGUCUGAAGAGCCAACCCCAUUUUUCCACUACUGAGGAUCAAAUUCUUAAGUUAUUAGCCUCAAACAAAGAGUGGCUACAUUGGAAUAUCAAUGAAUAAUUCAAUCCUCAUUAUGUCCUUGGUUGAUUAAAGCUGGAGUUAUAGUUUAGGAGUGCUACAGUUGGUUUUAGUGUUAAGGAAGAAGAAAGUGAAGUGUAUUACCAGUUUUAAAUGUGGGAAUGGAAUGCUUUUGCUUCGCUGUGUUGCUAGGUUACCUUGUGUGUGCAUUGAUAUAUUAUUACAUCAAGAAAGUUUAUUUGGGGAGAUAUAGGAAUGCUGCCAGUGCCCAUGCGAUCAUAUUCCAAGAUUUACAUUUUACAGAGGAGAGGUAUAGAGGGAAGAUUUUCUUUCUAAAUAAAUACAUAUUUAAACAUAUUAGUUCCAAACCUAAGAAAUAAAAGUUUUCGUCGUACUCUGGUGAACGACAUUGACUUGUCCGUGUGAUAUAGUAAAGCGUGCUGAAAGCUAAGUAUUUCUACUACAACCCCUAAAAGCAGAGUACUAAAGUGUUCUCAAUGUGAAAAAUAGAGGGGUAAAAUGAUCACAAUGGUUGUAAUCACUGUGAUUCAGAUACUGUAGUGUUUAGCAUGGGAUAAUAUGAAAUAGAGGAGAAAAGCCUUUUUUAGGUUCUAAAAGAAGUAUAACAGGUCAUCAAGCAGGAGAAUUCUAUAGAACAUGCAUACACUUAAAAUUUGGGUCAUCGCAUGUCCCUGUACCAAGCUUUCCAACUUCAACAAUGUUAACAUUCUGAGGCAACUGCUUCACAGGGGGAGCCUUUUGAUAUGCCAUUAGAACCAGAAGAAUAUUUAGCAGCCACUUGCUUGGGGAUUUCUGCUGAUCUUCUGCCACAUUUUACAGAAGAAGGCAAAGUUGCCAUAGACUGAUCAGACCAUAGGAACAACUGAUAAUGGCUUAACCUGAGGAUCACCAUGCCUGAGAUGAGAGGAGAGGAUGAGAAGGAGAAUGCUAAUGAAACCAAACACAUUUCACUGAAAUUUCAUGUCUAACCGUAUUUUUUACUGUCUUUCUCACUCUCCCUGAAGUCUAUGCUUUAUUUUCCACAACAUAUUAUUGUCCUACUGAUUUGGUGGAGGCAAAUUCCCACUUAGCAACUUGGUGACAGAGACCAUUACUGGAAUAGUGAUGAUCAGGAGCAGGCAGCAGGAAACCUUAACUACAUCCAAUGCAAAUUGAAAAAUGCAAUGGUUUAUAACUCAUUUCUCAAAGUGUAAUGGAUUUCAAAGGUUAGUGCUUGAAGAGGAGACUCAUUUGCUUUGGGACAAACAAAUUUGCCUAUUUUGGUAAUUUCGGAGUCCUGCACUCUGCUACAGCUGCCUCCACUAUGUACAAGGCAUGCCCCAAAGUGCUUUGUUUAUUUUAGAUGGUGUAAAAGUGGACUGACUACUUUCCUUUCAUUGUUGAUUGUAUUAAGGCACCAGAUUAUCUGGCUGGUUAACACUCUCAAAAAGCCUAAGGUAGCAGAGGUGACCUGAUGUCUUAUACAACACCAUGUUAUGGAAACAAUUCAGGGGUGGAGAGGAAAUCGGAGUGCUGGCCACAUGUCUUAUUUGUGUGUUCUAUCUGCCAAAAACACACCUGGUCAAGAACCAUUGGUACCUGAAAAGAGAUCUGACAAUGUCCCACUCAAAACAUUAAGAAAAACAGAAAAUGCAGAAAGUAGUCAGCAAGUCUGGCAACAUCUAUCGGAAGAGAAACAAAGUUGAUGGCCAGGAUUUGGUGUUCUGUGUUCUGCAAGUGGAAUUGGCCACUUCAGGGUUCAUUAACUCCCUGGUCUCACCAAUAAGAAAGCUAACAAGAUCAAGCACCAGUUACAUUCUUAAAAUGCUGACUUGGUGAACUUCUCAUCCAAUCAGGAGCCUUGCCACCAUGCCUGAGACUGCCAGUGAAUCAGAGCUUGGUAGCUUUGAAGAUUGUUGAUGGAGACCCAGGCUGUGAAGCCAUGAGGGUCUGAAACAGAGUAGGUGAGAGAAUUUUUUCUAAGGGAUCACUCAGUGGGGGUUGCAAUUGGAUGCGUGUCAAGGAGUGGGUCAGAAUAAGAACAGGGAGUGGCUUUCAGUGGUCACCCUCCUGCCCUAUCCAUAUCCUCAAUUGCUAAUGAUUCUGGUGGAUUGAAGUCUUCAAUCUCCCCCACCCCACCCCACCAAACUCAGCAGAUAGAUCUUGCUGGUUUCCUAGUCAGGAACCAGCCAGUUUCCUUGCAUGCUAAGAAAACAGUUAAUCAGAUCAAUGGUUCGGUUGAAGCCCUAAAGAAGCCCUUAAUUAACCACAUGAGGACCUUAGCUAAUGGCAGCAUGAGAAGGUCGUGCAUGGACCUUCAUACCCAGAAUUUAAUUGCUGACAUUGUGAGAAGAAAAUCAGUAUCUCUCUGGGGCCAAUUCAUUCAAUUAUUUACCCUUCUCACCAACUGAAGGGAAGGGAAAAUCAGAUGAGUGUUUUUUUCAAUGAUCUUUAAUCAGAGCUCAAAACAUUACCUCGGAUUCUGUAUGAAACGUAAAUUAUAUUUUUCCACAGAGACAGAUUGAGAAGAUCAGUGAUGUCCACUUUAGUCAUAAUAAUUGACAUUAUAAAUUGAUAUUCAUGAAGAUGCAACAAACGUAAAAUGUUAUUACCUAGCUUGUUAAGCAAUUAUUCUUCUUAAUCAUGAGUAAAUUCCCUUUAGUUUGCUGAUGCUGCCACAAAAGAAGGGGUAGGUACAUAAUGCUUUAUACUCAAAGCAACUUUUCCAUUACAUUAACGAGAGGAAAUUAUACUUUAUGGUCUGCUCAUUUUUUUCCUUCACUUUCAACUAACCAGAGAACAACCAUCACAUCAAAACAAAGUAAAUAUACUUGUAUAUAUCAUGUAUCCAGAUAAGAUUUUUGCUGCACUGUUAAUGCAAGCACAAACUGCACAGGUUUUUAAUUUCAAAUGACUUGAAAACUGCUCUGUGUCAAACUCUGCCAAGAAUAUUGUAUGAAUAUGUUAUUAAAUAAUCUAUGCAGGAGAAAUGGACUACACCCUUUUUUACUGUAUUAGUACAGUGCUUAAUGCCACAUUUAAUUUUAAAAAGUGCACUGUUUCUAUAUGUAACCUGCACGAGGAAAACUGCCUCAUGUGCUUCUGUGUAUCUGUAUGUUUUUCCAGUUUUCCUUAUUAAAGUUAGCAUUGAGCUUGCCGCAAUUUUUAAAAUUAAUUUAUAUAUUUAAUUUUGGAAAUGUGGCUGUUCUAUCCUCCUUGUUCUUGAAGUGUUGAAAAAUUGCAUAAUCGGUUGUUAUUAAUAGUCUUCAGCUUUCGGAGGAUCAGUUGUUAGCCUUUGACCAACCUUGUCUUUUCAGACAUCUCCUGGCCAUCCUACACUAAUGGGUGAAACUUAAUGAAGGUGAUCAGUUCCAAUCUACCAGUUGGAAAACAGGCAAGUGAAGGUGGGAGGCAAUUGCCCAGGAAAGGGAAAGGGAAUGGGAAUGGGAAUCAGCAGAAAGGAGAGGAGGGAAAUUCCCAGUGUCCUGUUUUUCUAAAACCUCAUCCUACCAAUUCACAAUGCUUGAUUCAUGGCACUGACCCUCCCCUCCUACAGAAGCCCACAAGCAACUCUGAUAGGGUUUGCUUGCCUAGCCUUCUCACUUGGUGACACUCCCACCUGGUGUUGGGUGAACAGCAGCAAUAACAGGAUGAGGUCCUGAAGGUGGCAGAGUUCUCACUUUUUGCUCUUCUCUCCAUGCCCCACCCCUCGAUUUUAACAUGCCAACAAGAUACUGCAUCACUGCAUCUCACUUUCAGGUUUGUGCUAUGUAAAAUAAGAUCCAUAUUAAUGUAUGAGACCUGCCCGUUGGAUUCAGUCCAUAGAAGAUUACCUGUAAAACCGUAGGCAUAUACAACAUGUAGGUCCACAUGUAAAAGUGACCCAGUAAGGACUUAAUUUGGAGUGAUAGCAUUAAUAGACAGUGAGUGACACAAAUGGGGCUGCAGCUUCCUGCUCCCACAUGUGAGCUUUCAAGGUAGAAGUUCAAAAUUAUAUGGGGAGUUGAGUGAGGGUGACUUCUGGAUUCAUUCUGCUGAGACAAAGAGCCAAUUACAUUUGUUCAGGCCCCAUUCGGGGUAAUUUUACAACUUUGGCAUUUUGUCACUACCAGAGCAGUUCCUUACCAUGAUGUGAGCCUGUCUGUGAUGGUUCGUUGAUGCUGGAGCCCUCUGAAGGCCACAAUUUUAUUCAUACCCAAAUAAGCAGAGAGUUUUGCCCUCAUCCCUGUGAAGUUGCCAUGCUGGAUUGUGUUUAUGUCCGCUCCACUGUGCAGUCUGUGAAAGGUGCUUCUGUGUUGAGGCACCCUUACAGUCCCUGACCUACCUUCGGACUAUACUGAGGUUCUGAAGUUGCUGACCCUUUGGGACUGCACCAUCAAGAGCCCACCAGAUGGAGGCAUAUAACUCGAAGGCCUCAAGUAAUGUUGCAUUGCCGGCUUUGCCAUUAAGAAAUUUUAUCUUGACAAAAUCUUAACCCUCUGUGCAUUUUCUGCGUGUAUUUCUGACUUAUAGUAUUUAAGUUUUAUUUUCUUUCAGAGUUUAGAAAAUUAUUUUUAGCUGCCAUAUUGAAUUUUUCACUGCAAAUAAAAUGUCAGCUCCAAAUCUUUUUUGAAAAUGCCUCUGAUUUUAUUUUUCUGUCAUCACAUUGCAUGAUGUUAGCAGAUGCUCAUGCCUAUUCAAUUGUAACAACUUGCAUUUAAUAUCUAGCCCAUGACACCUACAUUCUACUGAUACUAACGAACAGUGGAGAUUGGAAAUAAAUAAGAACUUAGAAAUUUAGGAUACAGAUUUUUAAAAACUGCUGCCAUUGGUGUCAGAUGAGUUUUGACUGCUCAUUCAACUACAUCUGUGCCACUGUUAAUACUAUUGAUGGAAUUUAAAGGUACUCCUUUUGAAACAAUGGAUUUUAUCCCCUCAGUAAAUGGAGGAUAAUUAUUAUUGUAAGAGGGAAAACAUUCUGUUGAAGGUUACGAAUGUAUCUAAAGUGUGUGAAGGAGAAAGAGUUCUAGGCCCUGACUUUCUGGAAGCAGCAUGUAAAUUUGUGGCACAGACGAGCAUUUUCACAAACAGGCUUCAAAUUGAUACACCUUUUGUAAGAAAGGCACAAUAUCUGUUCCACUACAUGGUUCCUUUUAAAGCUUGUACCAGUAUUUCUUUGUGGGUUUAUAAAACGUACGUAAAGCUUCAAAUUGAAAUGUACAAGAAACGUAUACAUUGCCACAUUACUAGCAGUACACACUGAUACACAAAAUUCUGGCACAAACGCAAGGGGCUGGAUGGCCUCCAAUCUGUGAUUCUAUUUUGUAAUAAAGUGAAUCUUGUUACUGGCUUGUAUUUUCAUGAAAGCUCUUUUAAUAUUGACAGAAAUUGUUUCCUGCUAAAAUGUCUAAUUUACAGCAGGUAUUUAGAAUAGCCAUCCAUUCACCUCAAGCAGAAUUUAGUCUAUUCCUGUGGCUUUUAAGAUGUUGAUAGUACCCCAUUAUCUCUGGCUGACCCAACCUGCAAUGCAAGCUGAAUGAAUUAAAGACUAAUAUAAAAACAGCAAAGCUUUACUUAAUGCUGAGUAAUCAGAAUUUUCCUUUAGAACUGCAUUGAUUGUGUGUUUGGCCAUCCAUGACAAAGUACCUGUGGGAAGAUCAUUUCAGUCUUUUGUUUUCUUUAAAUACUACAUGCUCAACAAGGUGGGAGUGUUAGAGUUGAAGAUUGGAUAUAUUCCAAUAUUUGUAACUGGUUCAGACAUUACCACAUAAGAGUAUUAUACGGGUUAGGUACAAAUGCAUUGCCCACUGCAUUCUCCCAUAUUGAAUCAGUGCUUCCGAGCCUGACAAUCACAUUUAGAUGAAGAUUUGAUACUUUUGAUAGUCGAUCAUUAGCCAUAAAUCUCAGACUUUCACUACUUCAGGGAAAACUGGUUUAUUAAGUGACUUUGCUAAACUCAAUUUAAAGCUCCACCUGUGCCCUGUAGAGCACAAAUAAACAUGGUGACACAACACACAUUGCCUUUUGUGAAAUUUGAUGUCUGUUCUCUUUGUAAUUUGUGAAGCAGGUUCACUUAACUCUUUCCUCCUUUUAUAUUUUUCCUCACAUUAAAAGUAAUUUACAUAUUUUGUGCUUUAUUUUAAAGAGCUCACAGCAUGACAGUAUUUUUGCUUGCACUACAUUGAGGUACCUGUCAUACAGGCCUGACUUUACCUUCAAUGUCAUGUAUUAUGUAUUUUUCAGGCCAUUACACCAUUGUAAUGCAGUCCAUAGAUUUAUGUACACAUUUUGUAACUUGCCUGUUUUACACAGUAUAUACAGAAAUGCACUAAAAUAAAAUAAAAUUGUAUUUACAAACAAAA